UCAGUACCCAUCACACCCUGGCUGUGUGCGGACGCAGCUUGACGAGCACUCUACCAGACUCUGCCUAACUCAAAGUGUCUUGUUAAGUGUUGUGUGUUCCUCGACAUGCAGCUUAAAGAUGUUGAGUCACCAAGAGUGGCUGACACACCAGCGGUCGGUGGAGGAGAUCUACCUCUGGGAACACGCUGUGGUGACACUGUGAACCUUAAGUAUCAUAAUAUGGACACUGCCGACCAACUCACUAAUAAACGAGAUCACAGCAACAGAAGAAUUCUACGUCAUCGGUGUAUGUUCAGAAACUGCAACCACAGUGUGGCCUGCAGUUCAAGGCUGGAGGCUCACCCUGACCCAGCCAGUGGCCAGAGACACACGCCGCCCUGCACUGGACUUGACUACAGUCAGGGCACAGAUGUGGAAGUGUAUCAGCACACGUCGCUCACUUCACCUGGAGAGCGAGCCAUUACGCCCCCGCCGGCGGGCUGUGGUAGCGACCAGCUGACCUGGAGCAGCAGAGGGUUGAGGCCGGGGCCGCCCUCCCCGCCUCCACAACCCUCCCUACACCACUCUACACUCCCACUCAUCCCACUCUACUACAGAAGAAGAGUUGUUCACUACAUAAUUGAACAGCUACUAGUCGGUAGCAGAGGCGACGUCCACAAAGUAUACGAAAUCCAACAACACAUCGUCAGUCUGGAGGACCAGGUGUUCCGAGCAGCCAAGUCUCAGGAAGAGUAUGUAACUCUGCUGGCGUCCAAGCUGGCGGCCAUCCUGCAACAGCUGGACAAGUGUCGACACCACUCCCCAGCACUGCCCUCCCACGCCCCCUCUCCCGCCUGCUUCUAGACUCUCAACCUCGCCUCCACAACAUCCAGAUGGCUCCCUCACACCUCUACUGCUCCUGUUACUCCUCCAGACGGCUCCGUCACCCACCUCGCCUCUCUACUGCUCCUGUCACUCCUCCAGACGGCUCCGUCAUCCACCUCGCCUCUCUACUGCUCCUGUCACUCCUCCAGACGGCUCCGUCACGCACCUCGCCUCUCUACUGCUCUUGCCCUCCUCCAGACGGCCACAACUCCCCUGUUCCCGUCAGCCACAUAUAUUUCUACUCUGCAUUGUUUCUGUGAGUGAGGAGGAAGCAGAGGGCGAGGUUGUCUAGGGUGGAGGGAGAGACGUCACACCACCUGCCAUGACGCAGUAACCUUGGUAAACACACGACGCCCACGAUAACCAUCCACUCCAGCUUUGAUUAAAACCAAUACUCUCUUACACAACACUGGCUUGUAAUCGCCUUAAAUGAAGAAAUCUUACGUUUUUUUAUAUUUUUGGUUGAUGAUGUGCAAAAAGCCGUGGGAUACAAGGCCAAGAGGAGAAGCACAAGCCUCGACACUUCGACAACGGCUCAACAUUGCUAUCAUCAAGUGAUUGCUAUCAUCAAGUGUUGUUAGUUUAGUGGAACACAUUCCUGGACGACGUAAUACGUGUGUAAUUACUGGUGUGUUUUUCGCACGUGUGUUAAGCGGUUUAUAAUAGUGAGUUUAGUUGGAUGUAAGUAGCAGUCGUCUCGUAUAGGACAACCUGUAGUUUCAUCAAUAGUUAUAUUUUGUAUGCUAGGCAGUUGUGUAUGAUAUACAAGAGCACUUUCAGAACACUUGAGAAUUUAGGUGUCACGGAAGGCACCCAUGUCAUCGGUGUGGGCCUUGUUGGAUGAUCUAGGCGCACCAUACACACACUACACUCCCACCUGCACCAUACGUGCACACUACACUCCCACCUGCACCAUACGUGCACACUACACUCCCACCUGCACCAUACGUGCACACUACACUCCCACCUGCACCAUACGUGCACACUACACUCCCACCUGCACCAUACGUGCACACUACACUCCCACCUGCACCAUACGUGCACACUACACUCCCACCUGCACCAUACGUGCACACUACACUCCCACCUGCACCAUACGUGCACACUACACUCCCACCUGCACCAUACGUGCACACUACACUCCCACCUGCACCAUACGUGCACACUACACUCCCACCUGCAC